AUGAGUGCGUCCGACGCGCGGCCGGCGGCGCUUUUCGACCGGCGGGCUUUCGCGCAAGCGGUCGCCCGGCUCGGUCGAGAUGACCGGAAGACCGUCCUGGAGCUUGCGAGAGGCGCCCGCGACGAGGGCCGUCGGGAGCUCUGCCGGCGCCUCGAAGCCGGGGCAUCCGGUGCCGAGAUCGUUGCGGCCCAGACCUCCCUGAUCGACCAGCUGCUGCGCGUCGCUGCUCGAGUGGGGGUCGCACGUCGUCUAUCCCGAGCCCAAUCCGACCACGGCGAGCCGCCUCUCCCUGGUGGCGGUCGGCGGCUAUGGCCGGGGCGAUCUGGCGCCUCACUCCGAUGUCGAUAUAUUCUCUUCCUGCGCCCCUACAAGCUGACCGGCCGAAGCGAGCAGAUCAUCGAGCAUCUGCUCUACAUGAUGUGGGACCUCGGCCUCGCCGUGGGCCACGCGACCCGCUCGGUCUCCGAUUGUCUGCGAAGGGCGCAGGAGGACAUGACGAUUCGGACCUCCGUGCUCGAAUCGCGCCAUGUGUGGGGCGAUCAGGCGCUCUACGAUGCGUUCCGCCGGCGUUUUCUCAGCGAGUUGGUGCCCGGCACCGAGGCCGAGUUUGUCGCCGCGAAGCUUCACGAACGCGACGCCCGCCAUCUGCGCGCGGGCGAUUCGCGCUAUCUCCUCGAGCCCAACGUUAAGGACGGCAAGGGCGGAUUGCGCGAUCUCCACGUGCUGUUCUGGAUCGCCAAGUACCUCUUCCGCGUCGAGCGUUUCGGCGAGCUCGUCGAGCGUGGUGUGCUCAGCCGGCACGAGUAUGGUCGCUUCGCGCGGGCGGAGGAUUUCCUCUGGCGGGUGCGGGCGCACCUGCACGUCGUCUGCGCCCGCGCGGAGGAUCGCCUCACCUUCGACCGCCAGUCCGAGAUCGCGGCGCGCAUGGGCUAUGGGCCGCGCCGCGGCAAUCUGGCCGUCGAGCGGUUCAUGAAGCACUAUUUCCUCGUCGCGAAGUCUGUCGGCGAGCUCACGCGGAUCGGGCCCGCCCGCGACGGGCUCUUCGUCUCGGGCGGGCGCAUCGCGGCGGUCAGCGAAAGCACCUUCAGCGAGCGCCCGGUGCGCCUCGUGACGAUCUUUCGCCGGGCGCAAACCGAAGGCCGCGACAUUCAUCCGGCCACGCUGCGCCUGAUCCACCAGGGCCACGGGCUGAUCACCGCAUCGGUGCGCGACGACCCGGAGGCCAACCGCGCCUUCCGCGCGAUCCUCACCGACAGGCGCAAUCCCGAAAAGAUCCUGCGGAUGAUGAACGAGGCCGGCGUGAUGGGUCGCUUUCUGCCGGAUUUCGGCCGCGUCGUGGCGCAGACCCAGCUCGAUCUCUAUCACGUCUACACGGUCGACGAGCACAGCAUCCGGGCCAUCGGCGUGCUCGCCGCGAUCGAGAGAGGCCGCCCUGGCCGACGAGCUGCCGCUCGCCAGCACGCUCAUUCACCAACUGCGGAUGCGCGAUGUGCUCUAUCUCGCGCUGCUCUGCACGAUGUCGCGAAGGGGCGCGGCGGGGACCACUCGGAAAUCGGCGCCGAGAUCGCGCGCGAGGUCGCAACCCGGCUGGAAUUCGCGCCCGACGAGGUCGAGACCGCCGCCUGGCUGGUCCGCUGGCAUCUCCUGUUCAGCAUGACCGCGUUCAAGCGCGACCCGAACGAUCCGCGCACCGUCGACGAUUUCGUCGGCCGGGUCGGUUCGCUCGAGCGUCUCAGGCUCCUGCUGAUUUUGACCGCCGCCGACAUCACCGCCGUUGGGCCGGGGCGCAUGAUCGCGUGGAAAGGAUCGCUCUUGCGCAUGCUCUACCACCGCGCCGAGGCCGUUCUGGCUGGCGGCCGCGAGGCCGAGGACCGCGACGCGCGCGUGGCGAAGGCCCGGCAGGCCCUGCGUGCCCGCCUCGCGGACUGGACCGAGGCCGACAUCGCGCACUUCGAGGCCAGGCUCCCCGGUACCUAUUGGCUGUCCACCGACAGCGCGAUGCAGGAGCGCCACGCCCGGGCUUUUUUUUGUCCGUUUUUGGGGCGGGGCGGGGACAGGGGGCCCUUGGUCGAGACCCGCAUCGACCGGGCCAGGGACGCGACGGAGAUGACGCUCUACACGCCCGAUUACAUCGGCCUGUUCGCCGCCAUUGCCGGCGCGGUGGCGACUACCGGCGCGAACAUCGUCGAUGCCCGCGUCUUCACCACCGGCGACGGGAUGGCCAUCGACACGAUCUGGAUCCAGGCCGCAGGCGGCCUUUCGUGCCGCGUCCGCGGCCGGAAGAGCCGCCGCCCGAUCGCCCUCGAGCCCCAUGUCCUCGUCGAUAACGGCGCGAGCCGCGGCUACACGGUGAUCGAGGUCAGCGCGCGCGACAGGCCGGGGCUCCUCUACGACAUCACGCGGACGCUCAGCGCCUGCGGCGUCUCGAUCGGCUCGGCGCACAUCUCGACGGUCGGCUCCCGCGCCGUCGAUGUCUUCUACGUCAGGGACCGCUUCGGCCUGAAGCUCUCCCGCGAUGCCCAGGUCGCGCAGGUGCAGGGCCGCCUGACCGAGAUGCUCGGGCGCGAGACCGGCGUCGCGCCCGGCAGGCGCGCGGACGAUCCCGCGCCGCGCCGCCGCGCGGCCGGCUGA